AGUUGUCGGCGUGCAUUCAGUAAAGACGCUGGUCAUAGAUGAGCUUGCCAUGUAGGAAUGAUGUGGCCACGCCCAAAUUUGUAUUCGCCAUAGAUGAUCGAUUAGUUCUCUCAAGAACUCGUUCGAUUCACUACAGCGAUUCCUGUCCGGUGAAUUUUAUGUUUCGAUUGUUAGAAGUGGCUUCACAUCGAUUUUUCCGAUCAUUUUUUUAUAGAUUUGAGGAUUGCUUUUGGGAGUUUUUGAACCCGGCGAUGGCGUGGAAUUGCGCGAGACAAGGGCGUCGAGUUCUGUCACCUGGAUUGAUCUCGACGGUGUCUAAGGCGGUGUUCGCUGUUCCACCCUGUGCAAUUGUGUCAGCAGUAAGUUUGGUUGAUAGGCAUAGCCUACCUGAGUGGCGAUCGUGGUGGCGAGCCUCAUGUGGGCCAUAUUCAACCAUUAGACGAUCGUUAUUUCUCGAUGCCACGACGGAGCAGGUGGAUUUGCAGUACCUUUCUGGUUCUGAAGAAGGUAUAGCAGUAUUAACCUUGAACAGACCUGAAUCUAAAAAUGCGAUUGGUGUUGAAAUGCUGCGUAAGCUACGAGCAAGCUUAGAAAAUCUCCAGUUCCAUUCUUCGGCGCGAACACUUGUCAUCUGCAGUACAGUCUCUGGUGUCUUCUGUGCUGGCGCAGACCUUAAGGAAAGGCGUAAGAUGGGUGUUUCUGAAGCUCAGAAGUUUGUGCACACACUGCGCUCGACGUUUACUGCUCUUGAGGCUCUUUCCAUUCCAACAAUAGCUGUGGUGGAGGGAGCCGCGCUCGGGGGAGGUCUCGAGAUGGCUUUGGCUUGUGAUCUUCGUGUCUGUGGAGAUGAAGCGGUGUUUGGACUUCCAGAGACUGGUCUCGCCAUAAUUCCUGGGGCAGGAGGUACGCAGCGGUUACCUCGAAUCAUAGGGAGGGCACGUGCAAAGGAGCUUAUCUACACUGGCCGACGUAUCGAUGGUCAACACGCUGAAGCUAUAGGGCUUGUGAAUUAUUGUGUUCAAGCAGGCAUGGCCUAUGAAAAGGCUGUGAGUAUAGCACAAGAGAUAACAAAGCAGGGUCCUCUUGCAGUGAAACUUGCCAAAGUUGCGAUUGAGCGAGGAAGUGAAGUAGACACAGCUUCAGGCAUGAUAAUCGAGGAAGCUUGCUAUGCUCAGGUCCUUAAAUCUAAGGACCGGCUUGAGGGACUAGCUGCCUUUGCAGAAAAGCGUAAACCAGUCUACACAGGUGAAUAAAUAGAUAGCUUGUACCCUUCAGAUGUUUCAGUAGGAUUUGCCUUUGUUGCGCUUUUAAAAGAAACGUGAAUCAGGAAUUUAUUAGGUAAGUUGAUCAUAAAAUUAGUUGCCAAGUUUUUCUGGAGGCUCUAUUCACCCUGGACAUGGAGCUUCGUUUAGAGUAGAAUCGCUCUAGAUUAAUGACGGAUCUGAUCUUUGACACCUUUCUGGAGAAAAAUUCCACCUGUUGAAUUUCUCAAGAGGAAAGUUGUAUAUAAUACCGUUGAACAUGCGAAAAGACGUAGACAUACCAAUUGACUUUGUUGGGUGGAUUAA